AUGGAAAAUACAAGUAGUAUUAGUGAAAAAACUUCAUCAUCAACAGCAUCAAUUGAUGAAAAAGAUUUAGUAACAUCAAUGCGUAAACUUGAUUUAAUUAAAGAAUUAGGAGAAAAACAAAAUCAAUUUCAACGUCUUCAAAAUCAUUUACAACAAAAUACUGAAUUAGUUACACGUGAAAAUCAAGUUUUACGUGAAUUUCGUAAAGAACUUGAUAUGCUUGUACAAGAACGUAUGUCACAUAUUGAAGAAUUAAGAUUAAUUCAUGCUGAUAUUAAUAUAAUGGAAACAACAAUAAAACAAGCUGAAGAAGAACGAACAAGAGCAUUACAAGAUAGUAAACGUCUAUUAAAAGAUUAUCAACCAAUAAAAGAACAAAUAAAUAAAUUACGUGAUAUGCUUAAUCUUGAAAGACUUCCUGAUCACGAUGAAGAUGAAACAACAUUAGUAGCAAUGCAAUUAAUUUCUCAACAAUCAGGUGAUCAUGAUCUAACUUCUAAUCGAAGUAGUCAUUUAUCAUCAACAGGAUUAGAUAAUACACAUGAACAAAUUCCAUUAGGUGUAACAUAUUCUCAUAAUCAUCAAUCUCAACAAAUGGCUAAUAUAACAAGUACUAAUAUUUCAAUAUCGAAUAAUAAUCAACAACAAAAUUCAACAUUGAAUGUUCCAAAAGUUAUUGGUAGUAUCGGAUCAAAUGUUGAUCGAGCAACAUUUCGUCAACAACCACCACCAAUGAAGACUUGUCAAUCAUGUCAACAACAAAUUCAUCGUAAUGCUCCUAUAUGUCCUAUAUGUAAAGCUAAAAGUCGUUCACGGAAUCCAAAAAAACCAAAACGUCGUCAUUUAGAAGCUCAUCCAUAA